UGUUUGAUACAUCUAUUAUUAUUAUCAUUAUUAGUAGCAGUAGCAGCUUGUAUAAGGAACUUAUAUUCUUCUGUAUCGACUUGCUUUGCCAAGUACAUCGAAGGCGGCAGAACCACUUGUGUUACAUCUCCCAGACGCAUGCAUAAUUCCCUUGAUUCUGCUGUUUCUAAAAUCGUUGGAAGAUAGCCCUUUAAAAUAAGAACCUGAAGUUUUUAGAACAGCUAUAGCCUACAUAGAAAGGAAAUUCAUACAUUGUGCUGUAGACUUUUCAUCUCAAAGUUCACUGUUCCCUCCAGAGGCAUUUUCUUUGCCUUGUAAUCUGUACUUUUUACUUUUCAGCACUUAUUUGAUUGCCUAGUCAGUAGUCACCGUUAUGCUGUUUCCAUAUCUGUUCAUGUGCACUGGAUUAAUUACUUCUUUUUGCUUAAUCUUAAUGAUAAAUUGAUGUUGAACCGGUAUGGGCCCAAGCCCAUCAAGCCUUGUCACUUAGGGCCCAAGCCCAUGUGGAGGUACUGACCUAGAAGGAGGCAUCCAGUCCUCCCGUUCUCAGGAGAGCCGCCACACACACAUACGACACAGCCAAAACAAGGUGAGUCUGCGACACAACAUGGUAUCAGACGCAGGCGAGGUGCUGGGGACGACGGCGACGGUGGCCUAGUCGCCGGCCGGCGGCGGAGUCCGGUGGGGAGGCGGCGGCGCAUCUGGGCGGACGUGGCUGUGUGCGAGCGCGCGCGUGCGGCUGCGCGUCACGGCGGCGAGCGCACGGCGGCUGCGCGGGCCAGCGGGAAAUCAACGGCGGCUGUGCGCGUGGAGGCGUGCGGCUGUGGCGCAGGACGAGGAGAAGAGCCGGAGGAACAGCGAACGUGGAGAGCAGGAGAGGCGUGCUGCUGUCGUUCGCGCGGAGGGAGAGAGCGAGUCCGCACGGCUCUGCUCGUUGCCGUUGUGUCCUGGCUGCUGGGAUUGAAGAAGAGGAAGGUGCUGCUUAUUGUUGCUGCUGCGCGUGCGGAGUGUGAGCAGAGGGGGAGAAAGAACAGAGGGCCUUGCUGUAUGUGUGCAGCGGACUGUUGCUGCUGAUUCUGCAGAGGACUGUGUGCGGCUGUGCUUGCUGCUGUUGUUGUUGGGUGUGUAGAGCCUGUCUCCGAAGAUGAGUGAGCCAACAGGCCUUGCUGAAGCUUUCGAGAAGCUAGCUAAGUUCCUCGAGGAGUCGAAAUCUGGGGCCAUCGUUCCUCGACAGGAAGUGGCUCAGAAGAUCGAACUGUCACCCAUGGACAUGAAGUUAGAGGGGACUACCAAUUAUCUGAGCUGGUCCCGGAGGGCGUUGCUGGCUGUGGAACAGAAGGAGCUUGAUGGGCACUUGUUGGGUGUUGUUGCUGAACCAGGAGACAAGACUACUGUGGAGGGAAAGAGAUGGAAGGUCAUAAACUCUGUGCUCAUUGGCUGGUUGUUGAACUCGGUAGUGCCCCCCAUUGGACGCUCUGUGGAGGGGCUAUCCACAUCCGCUGCGAUAUGGACGACUCUGUCCACUUUGUACUCAGGCAAGGGCAAUGUCAUGCUAAUUGCUCAGAUUGAGGGGAAGAUCAGUCGGCUGCAUCAAGGUGACGACAUGUCAGUGAUGGCAUAUGUGGCAGAGCUGCAGGCUCUGUGGGCAGAGCAGGAUAACUGCGACCCUCUGGAACUCUAUGAUGCGGCUUGCAUCGAGUCAGGGCGCAAGUGGAUUGCACGCAGGCGUGUGCUGAAACUGUUGGAGGGUCUUAGAGGUUGCUUUCAUGGCAGGAGGGCUUCCCUGUUGCACCAACCUCUUCUGCCCUCUAUUGAGGAGGCUAUUGCUGCAAUGUCUCAAGAGGAGGUGCGGCUAUCUCUUGAGCAUGCAGACAUGAAGGCUGUGCCGGCUUCGACAUUUGCAGUCACUGAGCGCAUGGAGUGGAGCGAUCCCAACAAAUGUCAUAUCUGUGGGGAGAUAGGUCACUGGAAGUGGGCCUGUCCAACUCGUGGCAGAGGCAGGGGAUACAACAGAGGGGGAACUGGCAGAGGCAGGAGUAGAGGCAGAGGUGGAUACUCAGGGACCUUAAGGGGUCAGGCUUCUAUGGGCAGAGGUGGUUACUCAGGACACUCAGGAGAUCAGAGGGCUCACAUGGCAGUGGCAGGAGACACUGGGACGUCAAAAGGCAAAGAUGCAGACGAUGCUAACUAUGGAGACUUUGCUCUCUGGGUCUCCACUGAUGAAGGAGCGACAGACGAGUCAGACGGUUGGGACUGGCACCAGGCGUAGGGGGCUCUGGUACAUGGACCAGGAGGUGCAGCCGGACUUGGUGUGUGCUGCGACCAUGGAGGACAAGGAGAAGGAGGCGAUGAUCCAUCA